AUGAAGAUCUGUGUGGGGAUAGCAAGGGGAUUGGCUUAUCUUCAUGAGGAAUCAAGGUUGAAAAUAGUACACAGGGACAUUAAGGCAACCAAUGUCUUACUUGACAAGGAUCUGAAUGCCAAGAUCUCUGACUUUGGUUUAGCUAAGCUUGAUGAAGAAGAAAAUACUCAUAUCAGUACACGUAUAGCUGGAACAAUUGGUUACAUGGCUCCAGAAUAUGCUAUGAGGGGUUACUUGACUGAUAAAGCAGAUGUAUAUAGCUUUGGAGUUGUAGCUUUAGAGAUUGUUAGUGGAAAAAGCAACACAAAAUACAGGCCAAAGGAAGAGUUUGUAUAUCUUCUAGAUUGGGCUUAUGUUCUCCAAGAGCAAGGAAACCUUCUGGAAUUGGUGGAUCCAAGUCUUGGUUCAAAGCACUCUCCAGAGGAAGCCAUGAGAAUGCUGAGCUUGGCACUCUUAUGCACCAAUCCAUCUCCCACUCUUAGACCAACCAUGUCUUCUGUGGUGAGCAUGCUUGAAGGAAAAAUUCCAAUCCAAGCACCGAUAAUCAAGCGCAGUGAGAGCAACCAAGAUAUAAGAUUUAAAGCCUUUGAGUUGCUAUCACAAGACAGCCAAACUCUUGUUUCAUCUGCACACUCAGAAGAAAGUAUGAAGCAACGACACAAAUCAGAAGAUGGACCAUGGAUUGAUUCCUCCAUAUCUCUUCCAAGUGGAGAUGAUUAUGCUUCAAGCAGCAAACUAAUUUAA